AUGAAUGACCCCGACCCUCCCAUAUUCUACAUCUCCUCGCCCACCCUCCCAUCCUACUACCCUCGCCAUCUCACCGGCCCCGUACGCUCCCGCUACGAGGCCAUCUACAGCCUGCACCACCAACUGCGCUCGCUCUGGGAACACCAACUACACUCACACUGCGACACAUGGACACUUCGCGCCGCGCACGAGUUCUGGUGGCACCACGGCCCCACGACCAUCGACGGCCGCAAGUUCGCGUGGAUUCCGAAUCAAAACUGGAUUCUAGACGCGCUAGACAAAACACACGCGCAACUGGAUGAUCUAGAGCGGGAUGCAGAGGAGCGCAUCCGUGCGAUUAGGUAUGUGACGGCGGAUUUCGUUCGGAGUGGGCGAGUGCAGAGAUCUGAGAGGCCUCGUCGGGAGCUUGGAUGGGCGAAGCAAGAGCCACGGCGGCAGAGUGUCAGUGUUGAGGUUGAGAGGAUGGUUGCUGUGCAAGACCCGUUUGCGAGCCCGACUGUUCACAGUCCGGGUCUGAACCCACUUGAGGAUCCAGCGCUAUCCCGCGAUGGUGGUGGCCGUACUGGUUGUUAUGAGAACCCUAUUGUUAUUUCGGAUGAAUUUGAUGGGAGUGUAGAGCACGGCAAAGGCGGUUCGUCGAUCGAUAGGUGCAGAUUCUCUGACGCUCCAUCAAAGAGAAUAUCUCGCCGGAACAGUGCUCCUGAAAGCUUAUCCAUUGUAAAAGAGUCUGAAUGGACGGGUCGCCAGCGAAACGAAAACAAGCCCGAAGCGAUAUUGCUAGACAUCUCAUCGGCGGAAAUCCAGCUCCCCUCCACGACUUCCUCGCCGUCGAAAAAACGGAUUCGCGAUAUCGACAGCGAAACAGAGAGUGUCCGAAGCAAGAAGUCUCCUAAAAUGGGCCAGGAUUCUCCUUCAAGAUGGUCGACGGCGGCUACUCCUAGCCCGCGGCAGGGGGGUUGGGAUGCAGUGGACAAGGAGAUGUUGGUAUUGGAGGAUGAGGUUGUUUCGAUUUCCAUCGAUUGUGAUGUUUCCACCGAUGGGACUAUCUGA